GUCGCUUUAAAAUAAUGCGCAUUAAAAAGUUGAUGCGACACAAGUGAUGGAAAAGCGGUUAAGUCGCUUCAACGCCGGCUUUGUCGACCUCAUUUAUAUCGCUUUAAAAAGGUGGAUUGGCGAGAGAUAAGUCGACAUAAAUUGGAUGGAAAAGGUUAAAGCGACGUAGGAAGUUCGUACAUGCGCAGUGCUAUGUUAUUAUGUGCGCGAGAAUUCGAAUGUUGUUUCACAUUAUUUACCUCAGCGUAGUCAGCUAGCCUCAAAUACAAAAAAAAAUGGAGAGACAGACCUGGACACGCAGGGAAACUUUGAGUUUAAUCGCAGUCCUGGCAGAUUUGGAUGCGCUGUCUGCCCUCGAUGGAAAAAGACAGAGAAAUGCCACUAUCUUUCAGGGGGUGGCGAAGGAGCUGGAGAGGAGAGGGGUCGUGAAGCCGUGGCAGGCUUUCCGUACAAAAUACAAAGCUUUGAAAGCUAGGUACUUAGUGGAAAAAAGGCAGGCAUCAAGGAGUGGGGCUGGAGGAAGACGUCGGUUUGAAUUUUUUGACGAGAUGGACCAGCUACUGGGUGCCAGGCCGAUAGUCGUAGCAAGGACUUCAGCUGUUGACAGCACCGUCCCCCUUGAUGACCAAUCUCGUGUGGAAGAGGAGGAAGAGGAUGAUGAUGAAGAAAUGGAUGAGGAAGAAGAGGGUGCUGAAGACUUAGGUGGACAGGUGACUAUGGAGGACUCCGAGCCCCCAGCCCCCACCCCAGCAGCAGCAGGAGGUAGUCGCCUGUUUCGGAGGCCACUUAAGAAGAAGACCGGACUAGCUGCGGUGAGUCAGCAGCUGUCUGACCUACUGAAAAGGCAAGAGAGGCAGGAGGAGGCAGACAGAGAGAUGCUAACCUCUCUGACUACAUCCGUCAAGCGCCUGGUGGACUGCCUGGAGCGUCAAAACAACCCACUGCCCACUGCCUCUUCAAGCAGCCAAGUGGCCUCACCGUCCUUCCCUACCUACCCUCACCCCUCUCCCAGCCCCUUUCUUCAGAAUCAAAAUUUCAUGUACAUGCAACAGCAAAGUUAUUCCUCCACCACCCACUCCCCUGAUUUCCCAACAUAUACUGAAAUGUAGGUUUUCAUAAAAAACAAAACAAAAAAAAACACACUUAACCAAAACAUGAUUCCCAAUUGUAGGCAUUGUACUUGU